AUGAAAUUGAAUAAUAAUAAAAAGAAUGAUUUGUUAGACGACGAAUUUUCAACCACAUUUGUGUUACCCGAAGGGGACAAGGUAAAAGGUGAAAAACUGUUUAAAAAACAUUGUAAACAGUGUCAUUCAAUAGCUCCAGAUAAUAGUCAGUCAAAUUCGGGAUUUACAAGUUGGGGACCUUCCUUAUUCAAUGUUUAUAAUAGAACAGCCGGGAUGAGCAAAGGAAAUUCUCCAUUUCAAGUUUCACAGGAUAUGAGCUCGUCAGGAAUAAUAUGGAAUGAUAUAAAUUUACUAAAAUAUAUGAAAAAUCCAAAACAGUUCGUUGAAGCGAAUAUUGGUAUGAACUUCAAAGGAAUUUCAAAUCUUCAAGAUAGGGUUGACAUUGUGCAUUACUUAAAAACAUUGACUUAUGAAGACCCACAUGGGAAGGCAAUUGCGGAAAAAUAUUCAAAAAAUAAAAAGAAGAGUUAG